AUGGCCCCCAAGGAAGAGAAGGGGAAAGGCAAAGUUCCCAGUGAAACUUUGCGUACCUUGUUCUUGCGGCGGUUGUGCAAGAUGACGGCGGAGAGCUCCGUGGCCAGUUCCAAUGUCCCUUUGGUCCCUACGGAGCAACCGGGGCUUUUCCAAGCCCCUCCUCCUUCAGAGGCCAAGACCACCACGCCAAGUGUGGGGUCGAGUGCGGGACGAUCAGGCAGAGCAAGGGAGACUCCUGUUUUGGAGGAGAGACGCAGGAGAGGGGUUUUUGAGGCUGUGGUGUUGACAGCCAAGAGAAAGGUGGCCACAGCGGUGGGGAAGGUACCCAAGCCUGCGUGCGAGCUGAGUGCAGUGGAGGAGGAGUUUGUAGAGGCAGCUCAUUGGUGCACCUUUUUGCAGCACUGGAAAGACCGGGAAGAGGUUCCCAUCUGUUUGGGGGUGCUGGGCACAUAUUGUGGUCUCCAAGAUCUGGCCCUUAAUAGAUCUUGGAGAAGAGGAAGGCUGCCUGCCUUCCCUCCCAGUGAAGUCCAGCGUGAGAAAGCCCACAGAGCAAAGAAGAAGGCUGCUGGGGCAGUACGUGAUGAGAUCGCGAAGCUGACCAGGCUCUUGGAAGAGGUGGUGACGGAUGAGGGGGAGGAGUUUGCAGAGGUGAUGAGAGGGGAGGAGGAGGAGGAGACAGAGGAGGAGUUGGAGGGUGAAGAUUUGGAGGGUUGGGAUGGUCCUUUUGGUCCCUUUGGUGGAUUUGGUGGUGCAGGCUGA